AUGAAAUCAAAAAAACAUAUUGGAUCAUCUACUACUCAAUUUGAAAUAUUGAUGUUGAAAUUUAAUUGGAGCAUGAAAAUGAAUGCUCACCAAAAGAUAUUUAUAAGAAGAUGCAGAUAACCAUUAUAUGAUCUCAAAAAUCAUGGGAAUGAGCAUCCAGAAAGAAUUGUCAAAAGACAUGUUCGCCAUUUAUCAGAUCAAGUUGAUGAUUCAAUGGAACAACUCAAAUUGCUGGAAUUACUCAAGCAUAGAAGAACUCCAACUGACAAUUUUCAUAAAUGCAAUUCUUCGAAUCUAACUCGAAUCUACAGCAAUAGGAAUCGAGAUAUAAAUUCUUCUUUCUUUCAAUCUGAUGAGAAUAAUAUCAUAAAUGAUUAAUUUUUGGAAUUAUUUAAGGAUCAAAAAGAUUAAACAUAUUUUGGCAUCUUGAGUAAAUUUGAAAUCCAUAUUAGCACCAAGAACUCAAAUUGAAUAGGAGAAUCUCCAUAAAUUGUUGGAACAUAAAAGAUUGAAUUCAAAUGAUAUUCGUACAUUCAUUUAAUUAGUCAAGAAACCAAGAAUAGUACUAGAAGAAGAAAAAAAUUAAUAAUCAGAAUCUAGUACUAAUUUUAAAUUAUUGAUUUUCUUAACGAUAUUACUAUUUAUUGUAAUAACACUUAUUUGA